UUGCUUCGCGCGCGUCGUCCAAAGAGUAAACGUACAUAGAAUUAACUUAUUUUUCAUUGCUUCAGUCUUUAUACACAAAAAUUUUAUUUUUCUUAUUUGUAUUCGUUGUGACUAUCUUUCUUCAUCUAAUCCUAAUUUUCGUCAAAGAAUUUUCCUAAAAAAAAUUCAUGAUAAAAAGAGAAUAAGAAAACAAGGAAACAAUUAAAACGUUCAGUGUAUAUGUAUUGUCCAUGGAAAAAAAUACAAAUGGGAUUCUACAAAAUAGGGUAUAUAAUUGGAAUUUCAAGAAUUUCUUGAGAGAACGAAAGCUAUUCCCAAAAACACUACGUGAUCUUGUGAGACUUCGUUAGGGGUAACGAAUACAAGUGAUCUUGAGAAAGAAAGAAAGAAAGACGGAGAUCAAAAAGAAAAACAAAGACGACAAGAAAACAAAAAGAGGAAGGAAGAAAAGAAAAAGGAAAAAGGCGAUGAUGUGCAAAUUUUUUCUCAUAAUAAAUAUAUAAUUGUGAUUAAAAUAGAAACUGUGAUAUAACAUUAUAAAUAUUUUAUUUUAUUUUAAUACUGUCUCGUUUUGGAAAAACGGCAGCAAAAGAUUCAUAAAACGAACACUAUGGCACUAACACUAAAGAAAGAUUUAAAUUUAGAAGAUGGAAAACCUGUACUGGCAGGACAUAGUGCAAACACUAAUCCAGAAAAUGGUCAUUCUGUUCAUGGAAGUGCUGUCAGACAGGUUCUGGCAGCGGUAGUGGCACAACUUGGAACUCUGAACACUGGUAUGGCUUUUGGUUUUUCUGCCAUUGCUGUCCCACAACUACAAGAACCAAAUAGUAGCAUUCCUAUUGGCAAAGGAUCAUCCGAGGAAUCAUGGAUUGCAAGUAUGUCUUCUAUUGGAACUCCUAUUGGAUGUUUAAUAUCUGGAUAUAUGAUGGACGUACUUGGAAGAAAACGAUCUCUUAUUAUCACGGAGAUUCCAGCAUUGCUUGGAUGGAUAUUAAUUGCAUGUGCGACCGACAUUCGUGUGAUAUAUGCUGGAAGAUUCUUUGUAGGACUUGGAUCAGGCAUGGUGGGUGCUCCAGCGCGUGUUUAUACAGGAGAAGUGACUCAACCUCAUCUACGGGGAAUGUUGACCGCUUUUGCAAGUAUUGGAGUCAGCACUGGUGUUAUGAUCGAAUAUUUUUUGGGAAGCGUACUUACGUGGAACGUCUGUGCAGCUAUUAGUGGAAUUUUACCUCUUGCUGCUCUUUUGUUAAUGUUUUUCUUCCCUGAAACACCUUCGUAUCUUAUAUCUCGUAGUAGACCUGAAAAGGCACGAGAGGCGUUACAACAAGUUCGUGGUAGUACGUAUAAUAUUAAUCAGGAAAUGGAAACACUUAUUAAUUUUUCGAAUGAGCGCGAUGUUAAGCGUCCGAAAGGAUUUCGAGAAAUAAUUAGAGCUCUUUUAAAACCGAAUGCCAUUAAACCUUUCACUCUAUUGUUUUUAUAUUUUUUAAUAUACCAAUGGUCAGGUACAAAUGUAAUAACCUUUUAUGCCGUUGAAAUUUUUAAUGAUUCAGGAGCAACAAUAAACAAGUACUUAGCUGCAGUAAUUCUCGGGAUUAUAAGAUUAGUAUCAACUAUUGCUGCUUGUAUCCUAUGUAGAAAGAGUGGACGAAGACCUCUCACAAUGAUUUCGUCCGUCGGCUGUGGACUUUCUAUGGUAGGAUUAGGUGGAUAUAUGUGGUUAAAAAGCUAUUGGACUGCAAAUAAUCUUCCAUUUGUUGCUACUUGGAUACCUGUUUUAUGUAUAUUUUCAUAUACUAUUGCUUGCACUCUUGGUUUCCUUGUUAUUCCUUGGAUAAUGAUAGGCGAGGUAUAUCCAGUGCAAGUACGUGGUAUUAUUGGUGGUUUAACCACAAUGGCAGCCCAUUUUUUUAUCUUUACAGUAGUUAAAACAUAUCCAUAUUUAACUAGUAUACUUACUACGCAUGGUACUUUUAUUUUCUAUGGUUGUAUAUCUUUAUUCGGAACGAUAUAUUUUUAUUUAUGUCUUCCCGAAACUAAAGAUAAAACACUUCAAGAAAUAGAAGAUUACUUUUCCGGUAGGAACAAUAAUUUAAGAACUAGAAAUAUAGAUAAUCAUAAACCAAAGGUGUUACAAGUGAAAAAGGGUCAGAUUUUGCCUUGAAUUAUUUAUAUAAAUAAUAUUUUAAUAGACGUAAAUUAAUAAUUUAUCGUCUUCCAUCAACAAAACAAAGAUAAAAAAUUACAUGGCUAAGUUUUAUUAUUAAUCAAAAUUAAUUCAUAUUAUUAUUAAAGACUUGUUUCUAAUUUAAUUUAAGAAAAAAAAAUGAAACAAUAGUAUUCUAUACUUAUUUUAGGAUAUUGGAGAUGAUAACGUGAUUAAAAUUCCAAAAAUCUAUUAAAUUAUAUAAAAAUUACAAUUAUCACAGAUAUUUUAUUUCUUAUUUAUAAGUAAGACAAUUUUCAAUGAUAUCUAUUUAUUAAUUAAAUAUUCAAAUAAUUUAAAUAUAAUAUUUUUUUUUUAUAAGAUGGUAGCAAUAUAGAUAUAUUUUUAUAAAAGAAUCAAAUAUAUUUGUAAAGAAAAAAAAAAUAUACUUUACGGAUAUUUCAAUACGCACAUAAGAAAACGAAAAAGGUGCUAUUUAUUAUUAUAGUAUUACAAUAUGUAUAUAUAUAUAUGUGAUAAAAAGAUAAAAUGUAAUUAACUAGACUUAUAAGUGAUAUUUGUAAAAAAAAUCAUAGUCUGACAAUGUACGCGUUUCAACAAUGCAAACUACUCUAUAAAUUAAACAUUUUUAAUAUAUUUACUAUGUA